AUGACUCCGACUCCUCCCUCCACAACCUCCUCCAGCGCCGGCACCUAUUCCCCAGAGGGCCAGUUUAGGGUGAUCAGGAAACGGAAUCGGGUGCCACUGUCGUGUGCACCGUGCCGCAACAGAAAACUGAAAUGCAAUCGUUCUCACCCCUGUGAGAACUGUGUCAAACGCGGCGAUGCCGCUUCCUGUACCUAUGCGCAAGCGAACGCGCGGAAGAAGAACUCGCCCCAGCAGACCUCGCCCAACUCCCCAGACGACAUGCAGAAUCGGAUCGAUCGCUUGGAAGGGUUGGUUCUAUCCUUGAUGACCAAUGGAUCCCAGUCGGCCGGUCCUGCCGCUGCACUAGCGGCCAUCUCGGCGGACGGUAGCGCAGGAUCGACGGGGCUUCCCCAUGACAUCGAAAUCGACGAGGAGGGCCCAAAUGCCGAAGAGAGUGACACGGAGCAGGUGACCAAGUCAUUCGGGAUCAUGAAGGUGGACAACAACAAGUCCUACUAUGUUAGCGAAGCCCACUGGGCGUCCGUGCUAAACGAUAUCUCGGAGGUGCGAACUUUCUUUCAUACACACAAGAAGCAGCUCGAAGAACAGGCGGAGAAGGUCAAGGCAACCCGGCCGCCUACCGAUGUUCCGGAGUCAGCGUUGCUAUUUGGUUCUUCAAAGUCGCUCAGCCGGCCCGAGAUUAUAGCUUCCUUACCAUCCAAGUAUACGACUGAUCUUCUGGUGGCUCGCUACUUCAAUAGCUAUGAUCCAGCGACCCAUAUUCUCCAUGGCCCUACAUUCCAAGCACAGUACAACAAACACUGGGAAGACCCCUCUCAGACAGAGCUCGUCUGGAUCGCAAUGCUGUUUGGCAUGAUGAGAUUGGCCAUGUUGUCCUAUCACCGUGAAAGUGACGAGCCUCCCGAAUUCCGAGGAAAAGCCAUGGACAUGGCCGGGUCGUUUCGAAAUUCGGUAGCGCAGUGCUUAACCCUGGCCGAUUAUACAAAGCCCCAUCCCUAUCUGAUUGAAGCGCUCGUGUUCCACCUACAUGGCGAUUUCUCCCAGAACAGGGAAGCAGAUAUCUCAGUCUGGGUCCUGACGGGCGUAAUUGUUCGUCUAGCGAUGCGGAUGGGGUACCACCGUGACUCCAAGAUGUUCCCCAACAUCACCCCGUUCCAGGGUGAGAUGCGUCGACGAGUGUGGUCUUUUGUCCGCCAGGCCGACCUCUUGUUCUCAUUCCAGGUCGGACUGCCCUGCAUGAUCCGCAGCACCGAUAGCGAUACGGAGCUACCGCGAAACUUGUAUGAUGACGAUUUCGAUGAGGAUUGCAAAGAACUACCGCCACCGCGUCCGCUCAAUGAGCCGACACCGAUCUCGUACCUGAUCACCAAGGCGCGCCUAUCAUGCGGCUUUGGCCGCGUCAACGAGCAAACUUCAUCUGUUGCAUCCAGCUCCUACGAUAAAGUGAUGGAGAUCGAUGCGGAACUUCGCCGGUCACGGGAUAUGGUCCCUGAUCACCUACAAAUACGACCGAUAGAGGAGUGUCAACUGGACCCCUCCAAUCUCAUUAUGUCUCGGUUUGCCGUAAAUAUUCCCUCAAGACUUCCCAAUAUUGAAACCAUGUAUAUUGACUGUUGCCAGGUAAUGACUGUAUACCACAAAGCACAAUGCGUGCUUCAUCGGCCGUAUGUUGUUCGUGCUCGGGAGAAUCCCCGGUUCACUUACUCGCGCCGCACAUGUAUCGAUUCGGCCAUGGAACUUUUGGAGUUCCAGGCGAUUCUCCACGCCGAGACGCAAGGCGGGCGCUUGCGCAGCCGCCAGAGCCGGGUCACUUCGCUGAGUGCGGCUGAUUUCCUGCUUGCCGCUACCAUUCUCUGUCUCGACUUAUACCACGGACUCCAGCUGCAAGCAUCCGGGCGACCAUCGGGCGAUACCUACACCUGGGGUCGUGAGCGGCGAGACGAGAUGAUGGCGGCCAUUCGACGCUCAAAGGGUAUUUGGGAUGAACUGCGCGAUGAGACCAUGGAGGCGUGGAAGGGGUCGAGCAUUCUUGGCGUGAUGCUCGGCAAGCUCCAUAGCACGAUCCCUGGGGCUGAGACUAACGCCGGGUCCACUAUGUUUGAGCCACAAGACGAGAAGCGAAACGCAGCGAUGACACUUGGUCUGCUCAGCAGCGGGAUGAGCCCGAUGAAUCCGGGUCCUCCUCCAUUUACCGAUCCAAUGCUGAAGAUGGCGGACUCGCCAGUGGGAACAGGCGGCGUGGGCACUUCGGCUGAAAUGCCGGGGGCUCUUUCGCCGUUUAGCAGCAUGUUUGGGCAGAUGCCGGACUUGCAGGUCAACCUGGACUGGGACGCGUGGGAUACAUACAUUCAAAACCCAACCCUCGACCCCUCGAAUCAGUUUUGGCCCAUGGUGGACUCGCAACGGCAACCCACUCCACAUUCCUUGGGCUUGUCACAGCCUGCGGCCUCGAGUCCGCUGGCUACGGCGCAACUGCCACCAGUGUCUAAUGGUGUGCCCGAUAGCAAUUGCGGUAACACACAAUUGCCAAACAUGUUUUCGCCACCGUCUAGCAGUCCCGAUAGUGGUGCAUCGACCAUGCCCGGGCAUUGUAUCCGCAGAGCCUCAUCUCGGCUUCUCGCCUCAUCCUCAUCCUUCUCCACCACUGCAUUUGUGUCUAACACGGCAUCACGGUCACGAUGGGCUGUUCCGACCCCGUCCAUCUCCGCCAUCUCCGCCUCGACGCGCUCUUCACACCCGUCAAUCUUCCAGGCGCGGUGGAACUCUUCCUCGUCGGAUGUGCCACCAGCACCGCAGGAAAGCGAAGCAGAGAAUGUGUCGCCAGAGGAAGAAAUGUCCAUGGAAGAGCGGGCUGAAGCGCACAGGCGCAAGCAGCGGCUGGCGAAAUUCUCCGACACCCCCUCGGCCAAGGAGACGGUUUAUGUGGGCAAUUUGUUCUUUGACAUGCCCGCUGAAUCUCUGAGAAAGCAUAUGGAGAAGUUUGGAACGGUGAUAGCUGCGAUUAUUGUUCAUGACAAUCGCGGGAUGAGCAAAGGAUUCGGCUACGUCCAAUUCAGCAACGUCGAGGGAGCCACCAAGGCCAUCGAGCAGCAACAUCGCCAGGUUAUGGAUGGCCGCCAAGUCGUGGUGGCAUACGCCAAAAGUCGAGUCUUGGCCCCGCAAGACAUGUUCCCGCCGUCCGACUGCCUGUACGUCGGCGGAAUCCCCUACGAGUUCACCGACCGUGACCUGCAGGAUCUGUUCAAGGGCAUCUACAACGUCACCGACAUCCGCGUCCCCGUCGAUCGUCGCACCGGCUUGCCACGUGGAUUCGCGCAUCUUGAUUUCUUGGAUAUCGAAAGCGCCACCCGGGCCAAGGCCGUUUUGGCGAGGAAGACCCCCAUAACCGCAAGCUGA